AUGUCUUUCAAGUUCCCUUCGUUCAACUUUCAGUCGAUCCAGGAAUCGUUACCAUCGGUUGACAACAUCACCAAGUCAAUCUCGAAUGUAAACGUUCAACAGUACUCCGAUCUGUUGAAAGAUUCCAUUCAGCCCUUUGCUUCUAAAACCUCCCAAUUAAUCUCAACUCAAUUACACCAGGUGCAACAAUUAGCCGCCACCCACUACAACAAUUCCAACGUUGAAGUUUCUGAGUUGCCAGCUGAUUACCUUGAAUUGGAGAAGAAUUGCGAUUUGUUGUUAAAGCUCUACACCGACUUGAUUCAGAUCACCAACGACACCUACCUCAAGACAUCUUACGAUUACCCUCCAGGAAACAAUUCUUUGAACAGAAUCCGUGAUGCUAACGUAGGUGGCUUGAUUGGUAACAAGUUUACACAGUUGAGAAACGCUUCUUCUCCUCAAGAACUAGAGAAGAUCUUGUUAGGCAGCCAAGAGCAAACUGACUCAGCAGCAGCACCAGCAGCUGAAGCAACAACAGCUACUGAAUUCCCUAAGACCUUGUUCCAUCAAUUGGCACUUAUUUCAUCUACCCAUUCCAAAGAACUCAACCCAUCUCCACUUUCCAUAGCAUUGGAUAAGUUAUCAGUAGCAUACAAGGCCAUUGGUGACUCACGUUUAGAGCAAGAUGAAGCCAUCAAGACCCAGUUGAACUCUCAAUUGAUCCAUAUCUUGAACGAAGAAUUCAUAAAGGUUACAGAAUUGCGUAAAAGGGUUUAUGCAUCAAGACUGCAAUUUGACUUGAUUCGUUCAGAAAUAGAUGCGGAAACCGAAGACGAUAACGAAGAGUUGAUUGCUAGAGAAGAUGAAUUGGUCAAUGCUACUGAAUCCGCUGUCACAGAAAUGAAGAAAUUGUUGAAGCCAUCCAGAAACAUCAAUUUGUUGAAAGUAUUUGUUAACGCUCAAAAGGAAUUCUUCCAAGCAGCAGCUAAGAAAUUGGAAACUAUUUCUGCUGACUUGGACAAAAUUGAAUUCGAAGAGGAAGAUGAUGAGUAA